AUGCAGGGUGGUGCCUCUAAUCCGGGCCUCACUGGCAUGAGCCGUCCGUUCAGCUCUGUAGAUCAGUCGCAGCUGAUCUACCAGGAAAUAACUCAGUUGGAAGAGCGUAUCGUAGCGCAACGCCUGGACAGUCGCACGUUCAAUCCCAACGGAACGAGCACCUAUAUCGCCGCCUCUUACGUCAAGUACAUCGAGGCCUCCGGAGGUCGGGUGGUGCCCAUUUUCGUCAACCGAACCAAGGACUACUACAAGAAACUGUUCAACUCCGUCAAUGGUGUCCUUCUUCCCGGUGGAGGGGCUGACCUGAACAAAUCUGGUUACUUGAAAGCCGCGAAGAUUAUUUUCGACCUCGCCAUUGAGGCCAACAACCACGGCACCCACUUCCCGCUGUGGGGCACCUGCCUGGGCUUCGAGGCGCUGUCGCGACUGGCCAUCGACAAGCUCGUCCUUCGAUUGUGCCAGGGCCACGACCUGGCCCUGCCACUCAACUUCACCAGGGGUUUCCGGAGAAGCCGUAUGUUCAACGGGCUUCCAAGGUCCCUGGAGAGGGCGCUGAGGACGCAGCCCAUCACGUACAACUCCCACGGGAAGUGCCUUACGCCCCAGAACUUCACCACUUACGGUUUGGACCACUUUUUUCGGCUGAUCUCGACAAACGUGGAUGAGAAUGGCGUGGCAUUUAUCUCCAGCAUGGAAGCAUACUCGUACCCUUUCUACGGCGUCCAGUUCCAUCCUGAGAAAAACAACUUUGAGUGGACGCAACGGAAAGACUACAUCCACAUUCCCCACACCGAGGACGCUGUACGAGUGUCGCAGUACCUGGCAAACUUCUUCCUGGAAGAAGCACGAAAGAACAACCACAGCUUCGCAUCGGCCCAGGAGGAACUCGACGCGCUCAUCUACAACUACCCGGUGACUUUCACCCAGAACAAAACACCCUUCGCCCAGAUGUACAUUUUUACUUCUUGACUCGGGAAGUAGCGUCGUCACCCACAAGGACUGUGGCCUACUUGUCCUAGUUGGCUUGCUUUUCUGCAGGACGUUCUUUGUCGAGAACUGCGCGUGCUUAUUAAAAACGAGGAACAAAAACGAUACGCAGAGAAACCA